ACUUUUGACCCGGACAAAAAAAGCGACAAGAAAACAAAUGCAAAGUUCCAACGAAAUCGAAAUUCGCAUUUUGCUAUGAGUGAUGGGUAGAUAAUUCGAAUCCAAAUACCAAGAAGAAGACGGAGCAUCCGCAUCCGAAUCCGGAUUUUGAGUUUUUGGUCAGAUCGGAUCUGAGGGAAGGAGGAGGAGAAGAAGAUGCCGGAGACGGGAGACGUCGAUCGUCAGAUCGAGCAGCUGAUGGAGUGUAAAGCGUUGUCGGAGGCGGAGGUGAAGACGCUGUGCGAGCAAGCGAGGGCGAUUCUGGUGGAGGAGUGGAAUGUUCAGCCGGUUAAGUGUCCGGUCACCGUCUGCGGCGACAUCCACGGUCAAUUCUACGAUCUGAUUGAGCUUUUUAAGAUCGGUGGUUCUUCGCCUGACACCAAUUAUCUCUUCAUGGGCGAUUACGUUGAUCGAGGGUAUUAUUCUGUGGAGACAGUCUCGCUCUUGGUAGCACUCAAAGUUCGCUACAGAGAUAGGCUUACCAUCCUUAGAGGGAAUCACGAAAGCCGCCAAAUUACUCAAGUGUAUGGAUUUUAUGAUGAGUGCUUGAGAAAAUAUGGAAAUGCUAAUGUCUGGAAACACUUCACUGACCUUUUUGAUUAUCUUCCUCUUACAGCUCUCAUUGAGAGUCAGGUUUUCUGUUUACAUGGAGGGCUUUCACCUUCUUUAGAUACACUUGACAACAUCCGUUCUCUAGAUCGAAUCCAAGAGGUUCCGCAUGAAGGACCUAUGUGUGAUCUGUUAUGGUCUGAUCCAGAUGAUCGAUGCGGUUGGGGAAUAUCUCCUCGUGGCGCAGGCUACACGUUCGGACAAGAUAUCGCUACUCAGUUUAACCACACCAAUGGACUCAGUCUGAUCUCAAGAGCACACCAACUUGUCAUGGAAGGUUAUAACUGGUGCCAAGAAAAGAACGUUGUGACUGUGUUUAGUGCCCCAAACUAUUGCUACCGAUGCGGCAACAUGGCUGCGAUUCUAGAGAUCGACGAGAACAUGGACCAGAACUUCCUUCAGUUCGAUCCAGCCCCACGUCAAGUCGAACCUGAAACUACACGCAAAACUCCAGAUUACUUUUUGUAAGUACCACAAAAUAAAAAAGAAAAGAAAAACAUCCUUAACCUUGUUCUGUAAUUUCAUUUCAUGUUCGUUAAACUCGCCGUUGUCUUUUUGAUUUUUAGUUAAGAAUGUGUAACCUUUUAACUGAUACAAGCGUUACAAAAGAUUCUGGUUCACAUGAAUAAAGCAAUUGUAGUUGAGAGCUA